AUGCUGCGGGGGCUGUCGUUUUCCAGCCAAGAGCCCGACGCUCUUCCCAAGGCGCACCACGAUCGAGUUCAGGAGGAGUUGUGGAAGAUUCGCGCCAGAAUCUACAAGAAUGCAGUCAGCUUGUUUGUGCACCCGGUCGGCUUUCUGGUGAUCGCCUUCAUGUACGACUUCUUUUCGGAUUUCUGCUUUGCAGGGCUUUUCAGACUUGUCUGCAUCUGCGGCGUGUACGUGACGCAUACUGCAGUGCUCAAAGGUGUUAUCAUACUGAGCCGACGGAACCUUACAAUCUUCUACAUUGUGUACAACGCUUCCUUCGUGCUGUUUCUGCUUGGUGGAGUCCUUGAAUCGCGGGCCAGUGACUCACGAGCCAUGACCAUGCAGGUCUUCAACGAUGGGAGCCGGCUGGUGAUGACGGUGAUCUUCAUGCACGCGAGGACGACCUUCCCAGCUCAGCUGGCAAUGUCAGCGGGCAACACAGAUCACCACACAGAUGCCAUGAAAUAUGCAGUCGGACAAUUCGUUUCUGCUGUUGGUAUGUGCGCAGUUAGUGCCAUUCUGGAGUUUUGGGUGAUCUCGCACGCCUCCGCCCUCCUAGAUGCAGAGUCAAUGGUGGGGAGCUUCCGCCGGAUGCUCCGAGGUGUUUGUGAUGGUGAAGUGCUGCUGACGGAAAACAUGAGCAUCUGCGAGGACACGGAGUGCCUCAAGCAUUUGUUGAUGUCGCCGACUGGGUUCAAAGGCUGCAACUUUGAGCAGCUUCUGAUGCCGGAUGAGCGGAAGCGCUUCACCAAAUUCAUCGAACAGUCCACACAGGAAACAUUGAAACCAGAACAGAACAAGACAACUCCACACUGCCUGCGAGUUUCUCUGCAGGGCACAAAUGGCAUCCGGGUAGGUGUAGAUCUCUGGCACGUCCCGAUGCCUGAUCUCUUUGGUAAAGAGGGCCCGCAUCACCUCGUAGCUUUGCGGGAGGAUUGGGAAACUCGCUUGCAGCCGGAUGCGCCCGUGCAGGUCCAAAAGAACCUGCCGGAAAUGAGCGAGUCCCCCAAAGCCUCCCAAGCUCAGUCAGAGUCAGGGUUUAUGUCACAGUCUACCUACAACUCUUUGACGCAGAACUACCCAGAGUUAGUAGACAUGACGCUGCUGGUCGAUGGUGGUUCUCACUGGCUUGAUGUGGAGCAAGCGCACCUGCGGUUUGUGAAGCAGCCGUCAGACCCUGAUGCACAUAUGCCGUCCUUACGCCGGCUGGUGCGGCCAACAGAUUGGGAAUCCGUUCGGAGCCAGCUGGGGGCCUUCAUGCGACAAACCAGCGACGCUAGUGAGGAGAGGGGCAGCUUUCACAUGAAGCUGCGCAUGAUGGACAAUUCCAAAAGGACAGUGGUGGCGCACGAUGUUGAGGUCUCGGCUUUCUACCCGCCAUGUCCCGAGGAGGGCGAUCCAGGUGAAAUUGAUAUGAAGAUUUGCUUACAGUUUAGCAACUUUGCCUUUGAUGACGCCAAGAAGAAGAAGACCCAGCCAAGUCUUGCGGGCAUCACGGAGUUCGAUCUCAAUGACUCCGUGGAAUGA